UUUUUCCUUUAAAAUAAUAGCUGAUAUUGCAUCACUUCAACUUGAUUCUGUCGCAGCUCCAGCCCUUCCCGAAGCAUCCAACAUUAGUAUAAUAAAUACGAGCUCUUCAAUGCCAGAGACGAGUAAAACAGCUGUUCCUAAUCUUUUCAAUUUACCUAACAAUUCAACAAUGCCCAACUUUUCAACUAUGAUUAAGCCUGUUAAUUCAAUUAUUGAUGGUAUUGGCCCUCUAAUAUUGCCUUUAAUUGGUUAUAGUAGACAAGCUUUGGAUUCAUAUUCUUUAAAUAAUAAUUUGUUGCCUGGUGUGCCUUCAGUAAGACAACAAAGUGGUUAG